AUGGACAAGGGCGUAUAUCCAGCGAUGGGGACAACUAGCCGGCAUUCAUGCAGCACGCGUCGAAUGUGUGUGGGACUGAUCUCUGUACUGGCAGUUGUGGCAAUCACGCUUAACUACUUUAGCAUUUGUUAUGGCUGGAGGGGUCGGGCUACUUUGUCGCGACGGUUGGCCACUAGGGAGCCUGGAGAGGAGAAAGACCCUGUCCUCUCGGCCAUCCUUGAUAUGUGUUUGGACAUGGAGGAAGAAAUGGGUGGCUGUGACCAAACUGUAGCUGCUCCGUCAGAAGGAAUGUGGGGGCCUCAUCCGUCAUCGCAACUACUUCCUGCGUAUCAGCAAGUGCACCAAGAAAUUCAGGCGACUCCGUUCUCCUCAGCGAUGGGACCAUUCCAGCAACCUGCCUCUGCACAGUUUCUACAGCAUCGCUGGCCUUCGGCUUUGCAGGCAAAAUAUGACGCGCGUGGGCCAUUCGGAGUUGAUCAUGCGCUUACCUUUUCCCUCGAAGGGCCUUCCACAUCUUGGCAGGGCUCUUCGAUGUUGCCACUCAACAGUGGUAGCCCGCUCACGACGGCGAAUGAGGAAUCUCCGCCUACAGAAUAUUCGUGGCCUUGGAUCACAUCUUCACCAUUUCAGAAUCCGGGCCUAGAUAGAUCUUCCGAAGUUGCCAGCGCACCUGUUGUCUCAAGCUUACCAGCAGCUGUGCAAAUGCUGAGUCCAGUUGGCUCUGAGGGGUUUUUGGCGAAUGAACAAUUGAACAUUCAGCAAAGGGCGGAACACGCUGUCUACUCAUCUCUGCAAGAAGAUGUGAGGCUGAAGAGGCAGCAUGAGGAUAGUGGAUUCCUCCUCCCCCUUAGCCCAGGGGAUUCAGGGGUUCCCCAUGUUUUGAAGAGGCAGAGAGCAUCGCCAGUGGAGCCACAGCAUGCUGUAUCUGAUUCCAGUACUUCUGCUAGACAUUCGGGCGGGUUCAUGCCUCAGCUGGGGAGCAGCGCAGCGGUUGCGCAAGGGUUUGCCGGGCCGGGAGGACUGCAGGGUUUUUCACCCUCAAGCUCUGUGCAAACUGCGGGGAAUUCUGGGGGCGAGCAAGAAGCAGGUAGUCAUUCGCAAACGGCCACUGGAGCUGGAGGUUUGCCGGGACGUCAUCCAUAUUACAAACUGCCCAAGUUGCAGAGGGAGGCAAAAUGGAAUACGAUAACAUUUUCGGCAGAAUUGGCGUUUUCAGAUAAUGUCAGCGUAAACAUACCGGGCGUCGUUUUGCGAAAUUUGCACAACUGUUUCGUAAAAGACACCUUGUCUGUGCUUGAAGCAAACGAUGUUAUAAAAUGUUGUCAGCGGCUUGUAGGUCAUCUGUUUGCUUGCCAUCGGGCCACAAGAGCGCGGUUUACCCCAGCUGAAGCUGUGGCCACAUUGGGGAGGAGAUACAUAAUGCUGGAUUUGCUUGUUUGUGCAAUUGAGGUUUUGGGUCCGGCGAUGGAUACCUCGAUGUGGUGGGGGAAGCUUGUUGAGGCGGUUCCGUCGCACGUGAUUAUGACUUCCCGUGAGAUUGUUUCAGGUCGCUGCAAGGGCUACUUAGCUCUUGCCGACCGACUAACUGCAGCGAUAAGUUUACUAAGGAAGGGCACUAGACCAAGCGAAGAGGAAACGAUUGCCCUGAAGCGGGAAUUGUUCUGCAGCCCGGAUGCUCAUCCAGAAUUCAAGAUGUCCCGAUGGGAGCCUUGGAGGAGCGAUGACAAGAAAAGAGGAAGAACUCAAGAGCGGUAA